UUUGCAAUUGACGCUGGUCAGUAUCAUUAGUGCGUAUGAGACGUAUGUCCGUUAUUUAUUUAAACUCGUGUCAGGAAAUAUUGAAUUUUUAAAUUCAAGCACCUAUCACUUCUAAAUAUUCAUUUCUAGAAUAUUUUUCAAUUUUUUUUUUCCAUUUCAAAUUAUCGAUUUGCUUUCUAUUAAUUGCAAGUGAGCUGAAAAAGUUGAAGUUUAUUUUUCAACUUGUAGUUUUAGUUACCCAAUCAGUGAUACUAAUUUUUCGUUGAGUGAUUUCUGUGAUCUCGUGGAAUCGAAUAACCGUUAUUCAUCAUGUUGGGCAGAAAAUUAACCAAACAAGGAUUAGAUUUUUCAAAAAAAGUGCUAUUGAAAAAUGCUAACCGAAAAUUGAGUGGGCCAGCUCCGUUGACAUCGUUUACCGAAGAGGAAAAUGCUAUGCGAGAUCAAGUUGCAAAAAUCUCCAAAGAGACCAUCGCACCGUACAUCAAACAGAUGGAAAAAGAGAACAGGAUAGUGGAACCAGUAUUGGAAUCACUGUUUGAAAAUGGGCUAAUGGGAAUCGAAGUUCCUGCGGAAUACGGUGGGUGCGAAACUUCAUUCACUAAUUCAAUCAUAGCCAUCGAAGAGGUAUCAAAGGUAGACGCCGCAGUCGCUGCUCUAGUCGAUAUUCAUGGCACUUUAUCAGCUAGGUUUAUAAGACGUUUCGGAAAUGAAGAACAGAAGAAAGAAUAUUUACCGAAAUUAGCUUCAUCGUGGGCUGGAAGUUACUGUUUAUCAGAGCCAAGCUCAGGGUCAGAUGCUUUUGCGUUGAAAACCACUGCUAAAAAGGUCGGCGAUAAGUAUGUCAUAAAUGGAACAAAAAUGUGGAUAUCGAAUUCCGAUAUCGCUCAAGUAUUCAUCGUGAUGGCAAACGCAGAUCCCGAAAAGGGUUACAAAGGUAUUACAGCUUUCAUCGUCAGGAGAGACAAUCCUGGAUUCUCGGUGGCAAAAAAAGAAGACAAACUUGGUAUCAAAGCAUCGGGUACUUGUGUACUUCAUUUCGAUAACUGUGAGGUCAGCGAGAAAGACAUAAUAGGUGAAGUUGGCCAAGGAUAUAAAUACGCUAUUAACAUUUUAAACGAAGGCAGAGUUGGUAUAGGAGCUCAAAUGAUAGGUCUAGCGCAAGGCUCUCUCGAUGCAACGAUACCUUAUUUAUUCGAAAGGAAACAAUUCAAUCAAUCAUUAUACUCAUUUCAGGCUGUGCAACAUCAAGUAUCUCGUUUAGAAACAGAACUGGAAAGUGCCAAAUUAUUAGUGUAUAACGCAGCCAGAAUACUCGAUGCUAAGUUACCAUGUGUUAAAGAAGCUGCAAUGGCUAAAUAUUACUCUUCAGAAGUUGCUGGUAAAAUAGCAUCGGAAUGUAUCGAUCUUAUGGGAGGAGUAGGUUUCACGACUGAUUUUCCGCACGAAAAAUACUACAGAGAUGCAAAAAUUGGAACCAUUUAUGAAGGUACUACAAACAUGAUGCUGCAUACGAUAGCCAAAUGUAUUAAAAAAGAAUACGAUCAUUAGAUAUAAUGAAAGCUCUUGUUUCAAUUUAAGUUUUUAAUCGUGAAUUCCAUUAUCAUUUUUAUCAAGUACGUUGCUCAUGUUCAUCAUAAAUAGUGAAAUCAAUUCUCGUGUUAAUUUUUUAAAAAAAUAAUCGACUAUUUUGUAGUCACAAUUCAUAUGAUUUAUUAAUAUAUACCUCAUUAUCUUAUUUUUAAAAUACAUACAACUCAUGUUUUCUAUUAGCAUCA